AUGGGAGAGAAUGCAUGCCGGAUUAAAACGCUCUGCAUUGGUAUUGAUGCCUACAAGCAUAUUCCCACCUUGGACAACGCCAUCCGUGACGCUACUGACGUUCACAAUCAGCUGGAAAGCAGCCCCGGAUGCCAGGCAAAUCUUCUGGUCAACCCUUCAACGAGGACGGCGAUCACAAGUCAGAUUUCUUCCCUCGUAAGGGAUCGCAAGACGAGGGGCCUGGAGCUGAUAUUGGUGUUCUUUGCUGGGCAUGGGAUGCAGCUAAGUAAAGGAGAUAUAGCAUUGCUAACAAGUGACAUCGUCCGGGCCGAGGAAUCUCGAGAGACUAAGCAGAGCAUGAUAACAGUAGCGGAUAUGUUGGAGGCCCUUAGAGAUGGAGCUGCUCAGAAUUCAGACAGGAUUCCUCCUUUGCUGGUUAUCAUCGAUGCCUGUCGAGACUCCAAGAGAAGCGCGUGGAUGGGGAUGGAGAGGUUGGAGCAUGAAGGAUCCAACUUGACCCAAAGAAUGCGAGUGUCGCUGUGCCUAUCGUGCAGCAGAGGUCAACAAGCAUCGGACGAAUCAGCAUUCCUCAAAGAUCUUCUUGACAGCGAGCUAGGAAUGUUUGCUCAGAAUCGAAGACUCAAACUCGCCAUAGAAUACGCGGUGCGGAUGAGCUACGACAGAGAACAAGGAAAGUAUGGUCAGUAUGCAAGGACAUUAUGUACGGAACUCAUUCCAGACAAGCUCUGUAUCAGAAAUGAUAAGACGGUAGCAGCAGACCUGCAACAGAUAACGAUGGGAGUGGAAAGCUUGAUUCAAAGCGAGGGGAUGCAGCCAGACAGUACAGACUCGGGGGUGCAGGUUGUAGCAGCGUACAGUCCUGCAGCAACACGAACAGGAGCAGAUGUUUUCCGAGAAAGUCUCCUCCAGCUCGUAAGAAAAAGCCUUUUUAGCUUGCAAGAUAAGGGUCCACGAUGGAAAAUAUGCUCGAUGUUCCUUUUGGUGUUCCUGAGCAACAAGGGCACGACGUACAAAAAACAAGGUGACCGAGGAUUCUUUCAUGCCUUUGCAAAGAAGAAGCUUGGGCCUGAGCUGAUCAAAAAAGUUGAGAAGGCCAUGGUUGCCGAUGAGAUCUGGUCAGAGAAACUGGAGCGAUGGAUACGAGAGGAGUACGGGGAGAUUGACAGGAAGAAGAUGGUGACAGCAGCUAUUGAUUUCACAGUGCGCGAGGAGAUUAGAAGCUCAUUGGGACAUAUGGAAGAGGAGGCGGAUACAGAAAUUAGCUGGUGGGAGGGGGAGGUCUGCCUUGCAGAUCACUACAGUAAGGGGGAAAAAGAACAAGAGGAGGCACUAGACCUUGCGGAAGAAUAUCUCAAAGACAAGAUAACCGCUGACCAAGAAGGGGGCCUAAGCCCUCUGCUUGCUGUUCACGUUCUGACUCGAGUCGUCGAGACCGGCAGCUGCGUUGCGUUCUUGAAGAUGACAAGAUUGAGCAGCGCUUGUAUGUCAGUGAUGCUUGCGAAGAGCGUCCGAGAGGUUCUAGGCGGGAAUGGAAAAGAGGGCUUGUUUCGAACAUGGAUCAGCAGCAGCGGUUGGCUGAGCGGACCUCGUGAGUACGGGGAGAUGGAGGAGAGGAUGGAAGCGAAGGAGGUAGAGAUGCUUCGGACCCUGCUGCUCACCGUCGGGGGAGGUGUGUCGAAAUUCAUUGAUUGGAAGAAAUUGGAGCAACCAGAUCGAAAAUCUCUUGAAGAUUCGAAACCAAACAUCACAAUGGAAAAAGUCGACCCUGUGAAGAAAGUGACAUAUCGAGAAGAGAAAGUUCCUGCCAAGACUAGCAAGAAAUUGAGUGCUGACUCUGCUGGGGUCCAAGAAACCCAACUUGCAGGAUAUUUUCAAAGUCUACCAGCAGAUUUAGCAACGGGUAGAUUAGAGAGAAACCUUGAUUCUUCAAGAGAAGCUUUGUUUGCGAACAUCCAUUUUGACACUUUUGUUUACUUGGCCAGGUCAAUGCUUUCAGUGAAAAUGGAAAUCGAAGAAAGCUUCGAUGGGGCAGGUAUCGGAAUUUCCGUUGGCGUCGACGGAGAAACCAGCAUAUGGAUGGAGAAGAUUUGUCAAGAUUUGAAGGUUGACUUGAAGAGGCUUGAAGCUCACGAAUGUGCUUUUUACUCAGACCAGUCUCUCGAACAUCAGAGCAUGAUGACAGACAUUUGGUUUUUUCCCCAGCUGGUGACUGCCUUGCAAAAACGCCUGACCGAAAAAGAAAUCGAUGUCCUCGACUGUCUUGACGAAGCCAAAGAAUCCGAGAAUAAAGCUCUGCGAAAGCGCGAGUUGUUGGAAGGCGCAGCCAUCAUGGCGCACGCACUCGGUAUGAAUCAGAAAGAAAAGAAUGAUCUGAUAGGUCUAGCUCUGCGUAUGCGAGGGAAAGAACAAGUCUACAGAUGUAUGACAAAGUCGACUCAACAACGGACAGAAAGAUGGACUUGGCAGAGUUUGAACGCUGAUGGCAGUUUCAGGUUCGUCGAAGUAUUUGUGGGAAGUGAAGGCGAAGGUCCUUCCGUUCCUGCAGAUAGUAAAUCCAGCAGAAUACAGAUGAUUCGCAUCAAUGAAGGACAAGAGCUGGAAGAUCGCACCAUUGGCUUUCUUAUCAUCAUGCGUCAAACAGCAGACAUUGAGUUGUUGGGUAAAGAGCUCAACCUGCUCAGCGAAGCUGAGCAGAGGCAGGAGGUCUCAGACCGACCAUGCAGGAUUGAGCUUCAAGGUGCAGGAGACUGUAAGGGACAUAAAUCAAAGAUCGAGAUUAUCCAGCAGGAUCUUGAGCAACUCACUCCAGCAGAGUUUGAGAAGCGUGUGAAGGAAGCCUUCGAGUCUGAGGAGUUCACCAAGCCAUGUCGAGUGAGAGGAAUCGAGAGGAUCGUCAAGAUCGAGAUACUCGAUGAUGGGUUUGGGGGCAAAAAGACGUUUGAUCGUCAAGACACGGGUUACUUUCAAGCCAUAUCGGAGCGAUACAACAAGCAGAGGUCAAACCAAGACCCUGAGCUCGGGCUUCAGCUGGUGAUCAAGAUGAGGGUCGAGGCGUCGGUGCUUCCGUCAUCUGAAGAUAUUCUAGAGACGCUUCGACCGCUCGACGCCUCAGAGAUCGAGACGGAUGCUCGUGCGUUAGGGAGAGUGUUUCCGGAGCAGAAGGCGGUAGCCGGCCGGAUCUUGAACCGACUCAAGUUUGUGUUGCAGGAGGAGAAGAUGAGCCUGAGAGACUUUGAGAAGCUUGACUUUGCGAUUCUUGUUCCGAACUUCUUGACCCUCAAGCAGCAGACCGAAGCACGCAUGCUCGAGACCUUGUUCUCCGAUAUGACCUCAGACAGAGAGUGUAACAAGGUCGUUGCUCAUCAAGCACCUGCGGCGGAGCAGCUGAGAAAGAAGAUUCUGAGCAUAUCAGACAAGACGCUGUUUGUGCUGAUCUCCGAUGAGUCGCAUUGGGCGUUGAACAAAGGCAGCCCUCAAGACCUGAUUAUCAAUGAUCCAAACCUGGUGAAGAAGAAGAACUUCAUAGUGUUGCAAGUCAGCGCUACACCGUACCCAAACCUCACCCUCCACAGUAGGAUACCCGAGAAGUACGUGAAGUUCGAGGAGGAUGAUCCUUACAAGCCGGUGCAAGAAGCGAAGGAGCGAAGGGUUGGCAAGUUUGAUGAGGAGCUGCACGUGAUCAAGUGGAAGUUGAGAUCGCGGAGAUACCGGACGAUAUACUUUCGGUUUGAAGACUUCCUGCGAACUUUGCCGUCUUAUGUCUUAGAUGAGUGUAUCCUACCCGGUGAAGAGGCUUCUGCAGACGAUCAAGCUCGAGAGGACGUGCGGAAUCAACUCAUCCGUCGAGAAAACAACCUGAUCAGCACGCUGAUGGAGUCCGUCAAAGUUUCGAGGAAGAAGAAGGAAGAAGAAGAAGCCGUCAGGGAGCAUGUCUGGCUCGCAGACUUUAUCCUUUCGAUGCUCUACUUUCACAAAGUCCGUUGGGACCGAAGCACUGGCAGGCUGAAGAGUGUUGCUGACGACUUGCACAACAUCACUCUGAAAGAUCUGGAGAAGUUGAAGCUCGAGGAAGAAUACAUGACAAUAGCAAACCAGUGUAAGUCAAGUGGAGCUAGACAAGCUUGUGCGAAGCUGCGGGAGCGAGUCAAGGAGACCCUGAAGGAGGAGAGAAGUGGGAGUGCGGCUCGGGAUUGUAUCGCCGAGGUGUUCUACAUCAAACUGAAGUCAGAGGCCAAGGAAGAAAGUGUUGAAGUGAAUGAUGACGACUCGUUCAUGGAGGCAGACGACUACUUCCAAUUCAAUGAGACAGAUAGAAUAGUCAAGGAUCUUCUAAGCAAUCGCACGCAUAACGGAGGUCUUUACGGACAUAUGAAAGUAGUCCGCAUGUUUAGCAUCAAGCUGGCCGAUCAGGUUUGUGAGGAGCUGAAGCGAAUACGCAAAUCCUUGUUUGGAGAUUCGGUAUUCGCGGUCAUCGAAGACUACGGAGGGUCUGAGCUGUACGACUGCAUUGAAACUCAGUUUCGAGAUCAGCCGCUGACCUACGACAAGGACAAAGCACCUCGCUCUAUCAACUCGCUCAUUCAAGGCAGAGCGCGUGGAAAGAAGUUGACGAGCCUGAACUACAAGGACCUUGAGGGACUCCCGUGUAUCUUGUUCCUGAUCGAGAAGGGCCGCAUGGGCGACACGUUCCCGCACUCCUUCGAUUGUCUUGACUUGCGCGUGCGCUCGUCUGACAACACGACGACGCUGAUCCAGGAGAUGGGCAGACUCUGUCGCUACCCGACUUUGCGUGAGGAGCACCGCUUCGAGACAUCGGAGGAGGCGGUGCAGGUAGCAAAGGAGAAGAGAUGGUUCGAAGGGAAGGGACGGCCGAUCGUUGUGUAUGCGAAUGCUGCAGACGAUGAAGUGGAUCUUUCACAAGGUCUCGAUGGGAAGCGACUCAUUGGGAUAGCGUGGAGCUUGUCCAGCUGGACUCAGAAAAGUAUUCUGCAGGUCGUGGAACGUGGCAAGACCUUGUCGCCUGGAAGGAGAGGUGAAGAAGAUUGGUACACGCUGGAUCGGAAUGUUGACAGAAGCGCCCAAGCAUCAAUGGCUGAGGAUCUGAAAGGCUGUAUGCUCAUUCGCUUCCCCGCAAGUACCAUGAACAGACGAGCAGUACCAUGGGGAGACGUUCAGUGUCUCAAGAUAACAGAGUCUCGAAGAAAGGACGAUGAGACGAAGAUCAGAGUCCAGGACAUUUCUCAAGUUAAGAAAUACAAUAACUUUGGUCCAGAUAGCACGUACAUAAUCGUGCGGGACAGCGCAAGCUUGGCUUGGCUAGCUAGCAGGCACAGCUGCCCUCACGGAGGAGUGCUGAAGGAGCUGGAGCAUGACCUCCCGUCUGCCCUCGUGAGCUCCUCCUUGUACGACACGCUCAUGAAAGCAGUGGAGACAGCUGAAUACUGCAGCAAAGAGAUCUGGGAAUGCAUCCGACUCAGCCCACAACUUCACACGCACAUGAAGCGAAAAGACGACAGGGGUCAGCUGGUCAUCAGCUACCAGAAGAACGAUCUGCAUGACUACAGGAAUCGACACGUGGCCGUGACGCGAGCAAAGGCUGAGGGAGAAGGCUCCAAGAGAGUCAAAGUCAAUCAUUGCGACUGGUGUCAAGACCACACGAAAAGAAGACAGCAUCAGCUUCGCUUUCUUUUACAUGCAGAGUGUCAGAUCGGCAAGACAGGAGCGUAUCUGCACCUUCUCAACCUUCUCAGGAGAGAAGUUGGUCUGAGAGCUGACAGUGAGUAUGCCUGCAUACCUCAAAUACGACCAGAGGAUUACCCGAUAAAGGUUGAGUUCCAAACUCGCCUUGCCUGGGAGAUGCCGUUCUGGCGGGAUCUAGCUGGGCAGAAGCUUGGUCUUUUCAAGAUGAAGGAGGGGAAAUAUCACAAGAUGGUGAUCUUUCAGCGCCUGAGGCUUCUGGCCAAGUGUCUGCGAGACAGUCGUGGCCGGUCGUCAUGGCAGCAGCUGUACUGUAAUGGACUGCUGGCUCCAGCGUCAAGCCAGAACGCUGAAGGCGAGUGCAUACAAGUGAAGGAGAAAGUCAUUCGUCUCCUAAAGAAAGUGUCGAAGAGUAACAGCAGUCCGAUCGAGAUCAUCUCAGAAGGAGCUGAAGUCAAGCUGAAGAUCUUAGACUUUGAGAGGCUGAGAGACAUCGUCGAGUGGGACAGGGAAGACAGCAUGCCUUCUAUCGUUGCAGACAUGAGGAAAACAGGAUUGAAAACUCGAUCUGGUGAAACUCUGCUCCAAUCAAACCAGGACAAGAGCGAGCUCAGUCUCUCUGCCUUGGGUUCGAAAACAGACCUACAGAACAUUGCAUGGGAGGGCAGGGAAACGACGGCUGGGACCUCCUCAGGACUCGCGACAGGGCAAGUGAAGAAUGAUUUCCCUGCGCGAUGCCUCUGCCUCCACACGCUCCCAGAGAAGACCAAGGUGAAGCUGCUGCGACUGUCGCCGAUCAUGAGAGGCGUGAGGAUAGCUCGCUUGUUUGGAGACGACGAGCGUCGAUGGCCGAGGAUUUCCUUUCCUUUUGGAGAAGAACAAGUGUCACGGUAUUUCUCGCUCAGGGACGGGAGAGUGAAUGGCGCUUUUGAGCUUCAAGGGGAGAAAGCUAUCCGCAACUGGGUGAUGACUGCUUCUUACAAGCGAGACGCUGCCGGCAGCAUCCAGACAGGGCGAGCUGCAUUUCUUGAUCGAUCGAGCGCCUUCAAAGAGGGAGACCGCGACGUACCUGUACGGCAGAUGUUGCUUGUACGACCGGAUGACGGCGAGGGAGACGGGCAGUUCUCGAGCUACGUCAGCGAGGUAGGAAGCGAGUACAUCGUGGUCGCUCUGUCGCACGAGAUGAUUCUGAGCGAGGCUGUAAGCGAGCUGGGCUUUCGCUCUGAGCAGUUUGAGCACCAGAUGCCCGAUGACGGAAAGCUUCGCCUGACCCCUCAGGACGGAGGGAUAGGAUACGCGAGGCUGUUCGCCCAGCUGUUCGCGCAUCUGCUGGGCCUGGAGAGAGUCUGGAUGAUCGACGACAACGUUCUCGAUUGCUACCAGCUGGACCUGAGCAAGAUGUUUGCAAGCGACCCGCCGCUACUUCACCCGCCUAUUGCUUGCUCGUUUGCGACGAUAAUGCUGCAGAUGCAGGAUAUGAUCAGUGAUGCACCCAAGUCAUCUGAAGAGAUAUGCCGCCAUCACCGCAAGCAAGGGAAGGGACAAGCGUGUCCGAAGACAGAAGGCUUCUUCGAUCAUGAGUCGAGCAUGACAACCAAGAGCUGUCAGGCUGUGCGAGGAGCUGCGGCUAAAGCUGCUGCCAUGGAGCGAGGAGUCAAGAGCACGCCUGAUAUCUCUACAAUACAGGAUGUCCGCGGGAACACGGACGGCUAUGCAGUGAUCGGGAUGCGACGAGAUGUGAACGUGUUCAUGAAAAGCAGUGUUCCCUUCAAGAUAACUCACAGCGUCUACUCGUUCUUCUUGCUGAAUGUCAAGUCGACGAUUGGCAAGGGAGUUUUGUUUCCACCCAAGAAGGUGUGGGAGGACGUGGAUUUCAACAACCUGUGCGAGGAGGCGGGUCUGGCAGUGCUGAAGGUGAACCGCUUCUUUCAUCACAAGCAGCACCGCAGCCUUCAUGACAGGCUGGAGGUUGACGGUCAGCCUGAGGCCUGCGAGGUUGUUUGUCGGGUGCAUGUGAAUGGUCGACAGAUCUUCAACGUUGCAUGUGGUAGCGAGAUGUCAACUCUGAGUGAUGUGUACGAGACUAUCGUCAAGAGGCUGAAAAGGUUGUAUCCGCAGUCAGACAUCAAGAAGGUCACUUGCAGGAUACAAGGCGGAGACAUCAGCUUUGCCUACAAGGAGAGUUACAGGGACAUCAAGGAGCUGGAAGGUCAAGAAAUGUGCGAGGCAGUGUACUUGGAUGUAUUGUUUCCAUAUGAGGCCCGUGAAAGAAUGCAAGUCGAUGAAGCUAUCGUGACGACAAGUACUUCCAAGGCCUCGAUACCCUUCCUUGUGAGCCUGGUAGAGAGUCAAAGGAAUAUUUUCUACUAUCCUCCAAGAUAUGAAAUGGACGAGUCUGAAGGUGACCAGCCUUUCUUUGCAGAGGUCCCUGCAGGCAGAAAGUGGAACGAGUUUUCAGAUACCAAUCUCCGGAAUGUCAAACUCAAGGAGAUAAAUGUCAUGUGGGACGACGUCGAAGAGUACAAACGGUUCUUCAACAUCGUUCGGAACCUGCUGCGAGAUAAGGAAUGUAUCAGAAAGAUCAACUUGAUCCUCCCCGCCAAGGCGUAUGAAACCAUGAAGGAGAAGAUAGACGACAAGAUCAAAAACCUUCGCAUCGGAAAGAUGACCAAGACUUGGACCACUGUGUUGCCUUGCAAGGAGGACGCGAGUCAAGAGGACGAUGUUGACAUGAUAGAGGCAUCACAAUCAGACAAUGCCGAGAGUACGAUGGACUUUGUCGUCAUCUGCUGCAGUAGCGAGGAGGAGAAGAAGGCUGCUCAAGACAAGGGGGAGGGGCAACGAGCCGAGGCAGAUGAAGCGAAGCAGCAGGAGGCGAAGCAGCAGGAGGCAAAGCGACAGGAGGCGAAGCAGCAGGAGGCGAAGCGACAGGCUGAGGAGGAGAGCAGCGACUCAUCCAAGAAGCCCAAGACUGAGGAGCCGGAGAAGAGGAAGAGCUCUGAACCUCCAGUAGGGGAGAGUCCUGCGAAGAAGGGUAAAGCUGCCGAGAAGCAGGGAGACUUGUGGAGGACAGAAAAGUGGAAGAGGAAGUUCCAAGAAGGAACAGUGCGGGUGGGCGACAACAUAUCAUACCGUCCGGCGAAGCAAGAGGCGAGGGAAGGCAAAGUGAUUGAAGGGGGGAAAAUAGAAGAGAAAGGCAGAACAUUCGCAGAUGUGUUGGAAUUCUUCCGAUCCGGAGGUGAUGAAGCGCCUGUGGCGAAACUGCGAAGUGUGUAUAUCAACAGAGAUGGGAAGAACAUUAUUUCAGUUCACGAUCUCUUGAAGCAAGAAAAGGAUUAA